AUGCCGAAGUUCGCGCAGAUGGUGAUCGGGCCGGCAGGUUCAGGGAAGUCCACGUACUGCGACGUGCUCCACGAGCACUGCGAGGCCAUCAGGCGCCCCGUGCACUUCAUCAACCUCGACCCGGCAGCCGAGCACUUCAACUACCCCGUCGCCGUCGACGUCCGCCAGCUCAUCACCGUCCAGGACGUCAUGGAAGAACUCAAGCUGGGCCCGAACGGCGGUCUGAUGUACUGCAUGGAGUUCCUCGAGGAGUCCCUCGACGACUGGUUGGAGGAGGAGCUGGCGGCGUACGGCGAGGACGAGAGCAUCGUGAUCGACUGCCCCGGGCAGGUGGAGCUGUGCUCGCACGGCGGCGUGCUGCGGUCGGUCGUGGACUGGCUGCAGCGCAAGGGGUGGACGGUGUGCGCCGUGUACUGCCUGGACUCGCAGUUCCUCACCAACGCGGGCAAGUACAUCGCCGGGGCGCUCCAGGCGCUGUCAGCCAUGGUGACGCUGGAGACCCCCCACGUGUCCGUGAUGACCAAGAUGGACCUCCUGCCCGACCACCUGCGCGACGACGUCGAGAGCCUCCUCCUGCCCGACACCGAGGUGAUGGCGUCGUCCCUGCAGGCGCACGGCCCGCCGCGGAUGCGCGCGCUCAGCGAGGCGCUCGCGGGCCUCCUGGAGGACUUCUCGCUCGUGGCGUUCGUGCCGCUCAACAUCCGGGACGAGGACAGCAUCGCGACGGUGCUCGGGCAGGUGGACGUCGCGGUGCAGUACGGGGAGGAGUUCGAGGUCAAGGACCGCGAGUUCGAGGACCUCGGGAUGGGGCCCCAGAAUUGGGAGGACCGGAACGACGCGGAGCGCGACGCGAUGGAGGGGAUGCUGCAGGGGCUCGGGAUGCGGUAG